GGCAACGAGGGUGAAGCAAUGCGAUGCUGGAAGCAGGCGCUCGAGCAGAUCGACGACCACCACGCGAACCGAGUCCUUCCAAACUUUACACCCCGUUCCGAGACCGAGAAGGCCCUGGUGGAUAGCCUCCGCCGACUGGAAUUACAAUGUAAAGAACGAAUCGAUCUUCUCGAAGCCCUCCGGCUCUCGCGCCAGGAGUCAGCCCAAAAUGGUGCGCCGCCAUCUGAAAGCACAACGGAGAAGCCGAUCGCCGAGUCUCGAGACGUCGAGCUGCCAGGACAAAAAGGGCGAGGCUGGAUAGGAAACGGAACCAUUCCUGCCGUCACGUAUACGGAGCUGGCACGGCCAGAGCUGCCGAGACGGAGAUCGACCAAUUCUAGAACACCCUCUUCACAAAAGGUUGUACUUGGAGACAGUGGGUCAGGAGUUGCGGAUGGCACAAUGUCUUCGCCAUCACGGAAGCCAUUCUCUCUCGUACCUCCGCAACCGUCACCGGAGACGAAAACGUCGUCGAGGGCCUCCAGUCCGGAGAGACACGCUAUGCGCACCACCUUACGUGCGAGUCGGUUAGGAGAGAAGCUCAAGAAAACGACCCCGCGACGGUCAGCUCCUGCGGCAACUGAUGGUCCCGGUGCCAACCAAGCCGCGAUGUUAGCAUGGAGCUCGUUGCAGCGGCGAGACUCGCUGGACCCGGGAACCCUGGACGGCCAAGAGCUGCCACGAAUGAGCUCGAGCCCACCUACUCCAUCCGAACAGUCCCGCAGGAGUCUGGAGGCUUUGUAUACGGCGUGGGAUAGCAACUCCAGAAGGCUUACCACCCCUCGAACUCGCAGCCCUGUCAAGGAGUCGGACAAAAGGGUCGGUGCUGAUUUGGCAGAAUUGCGGCGGACUGAUGGCUCUCGCUACGCCCAUCCUUCCCCCUUCUCCAUAAGCGCAGCAUCGAGCGCUCUGAGCGCGCUUACAGCCAGAGACAGUAUUGAGCGCCUGGCACCUGCCGGGACGCACAUCGCCCACCAGAAGACUGCUUCCCCACAAACGCCACUCAUGAGGAAGCCGAGGGAUCCUUUGGAUGCGAGUGCAGGCUUUUCGCAAGCUGGCAAGAGUCGGCGUGGUGGGAGACAUGUCUCCUCGGAUUCUGCCAUAGCUUCACGCUCUUCUGCGUCCAACACACCCUCCGCGAGCAGGAGCAAGGCGAUCCCUACUCGGUCGCGGACAAGCACGAGUAUGACGCAGGCGAGAGGAAGCGGGAAGAGAGAAACUCGGCCAGGGGUAGCUUCCUCUCCGGCCGACUCUGACCUCUCGUCCUCGUCACUCGAGACUCCGGCAAGGUCAUCACGGCGCAGGACAGGCAGAGAGGGACAAUCACUCGUCGCUGAUUCUUUGUCUGACAGCUCCACAGCGGACGAGCGGACCAAGGCGGCAAAGUUGUGGAAGAAGCGGAAAGCAGCGAUCCUCGAGAAACUUCCGGCGGGGGUAGACCCGCACGCCGCGAAGCAAAUCCUCAACGAAAUCAUAGUCCAAGGCGACGAAGUCCACUGGGGCGACAUCGCCGGACUUGAAGUAGCCAAGAACGCCCUGCGGGAGACAGUCGUCUACCCCUUUCUCCGCCCAGACCUUUUCAUGGGACUGCGCGAGCCGGCAAGGGGCAUGCUCCUUUUCGGGCCGCCGGGCACCGGCAAAACAAUGCUAGCGCGGGCAGUUGCCACCGAGUCCAAAUCCACUUUCUUCUCCAUCUCCGCCAGCAGCCUCACCAGCAAGUACCUGGGCGAGUCCGAGAAGCUUGUCCGCGCGCUCUUCGCCCUCGCGAAGGUGUUUGCCCCCAGCAUCAUCUUCGUCGACGAGAUCGAUUCAUUGCUCUCUCAGCGCUCCGGAUCCGGCGAGCACGAGGCCACUCGGAGGAUCAAAACGGAGUUUCUGAUUCAAUGGAGUGAUCUGCAGCGCGCGGCGGCGGGGCGGGAGAUUGGGGAGAAGGAUAAGGAGCGUGGAGACCCAAAUAGGGUGCUGGUCCUGGCAGCCACGAACCUGCCGUGGGCGAUUGAUGAAGCGGCGAGGAGGAGGUUCGUGAGACGACAGUACAUACCGCUACCAGAGGCCGAGACCAGAGCCGUCCAGCUCAGAACGUUGUUGAAGCAGCAGAAGCAUACCCUGAGCGACGCCGACAUCGAGACGCUCGUCGGCAUGACUGAGGGUGAGCCCCUUUCUCUCCUGUCCCGUAGCAUAGAUGAAAACCUGACUUUGUUCCAGGGUUUUCGGGCUCGGAUAUUACGUCACUGGCCAAAGAUGCAGCCAUGGGACCGCUUCGCUCGGUCGGGGAGGCUUUGUUGCACAUGUCUAUGGAUGACAUACGUCCUAUCGAACUAUCGGAUUUUGUUGCGAGCUUAUCCACUAUUAGGCCGAGCGUCAGCAAAACUAGCCUCAAGCAGUAUGAGGAGUGGGCAAAAGAGUUUGGAGAACGCGGCGGAUAGGGUGUAUUUGGUAGGGUUGUGAGGCCACUCCGUAGGACUUGCUCGUGGCAUGUUUAUCUCAAAGGGAGGUUUCGCCGGAGGCUUCCAAUACCAGCAUUCACGGCACUCGAGAUGUACCAACAUGACGUGAAGUUGCUUGUGAUGUGUUUGCUGUUGCCCAAGCGGCUUAAGAAAGCUCGAAUAUUGGGGACAGAAUCCGUGGUCUAAACCUGGCCCUCGCAGCCCCCGCCUGGUC